AUGCCCCGGUUCGACCUCCGCAACAAGGGCCAGUCCGGCAUCCCCUUCUACACGCCGGCGCAGGAACCCGCGGCCGGCACCGCGGCAGACGCCUCGACGGCACCGACGCUCUACACGCCGCUGCGCAUGCGGUCCCUCGAGCUGCACAACCGCUUCGUCGUGUCGCCCAUGUGCCAGUACAGCGCCGACGACGGCCACCUCACCGACUACCACCUCGUGCACCUGGGCCAAUUCGCGCUCCACGGCGCCGGCGUCGUCAUGGUCGAGGCCACGGCCACCGAGCCGCGCGGCCGCAUCUCGCCCCAGGACUCGGGCCUCUGGCAGGACUCGCAGAUGGAGCCGCUGCGCAGGAUCGUAAACUACGUCCACAGCCAGAACACCAAGGCCGGCAUCCAGAUUGCCCACGCCGGCCGCAAGGCGAGCACCCUGGCGCCGUGGAUCGGCGGCUCCGCCAACAAGGCGCUCGCGGGCGAGGAGCACGGCGGCUGGCCCGACCAGGUCGUUGGCCCGAGUGCGAUUCCCUUUUCCGAGGACCACGCCACGCCGGCCGAGCUGAGCGUCGACGACAUCAGGGGCCUGGUCAAGAGCUUCGGGGAGGCGGCGCUGCGAGCCGUCAAGGCCGGCUUCGACCUGAUUGAGAUUCACGGCGCCCACGGCUACCUCAUCACCGAGUUCCUGUCUCCCAUCUCCAACAAACGAACCGACAGCUACGGCGGCUCCUUUGACAACCGCACCCGCUUCCUCCGCGAGGUCAUCGAGACGGUGCGCUCCGUCAUCCCCGACUCCAUGCCCCUCUGGCUGCGCGUCUCGGCCACCGAGUGGAUGGAAUGGACGGGCGAGCCCUCGUGGGACCUCGACAGCACCGUCAGGCUCGCCAAGCUGCUGCCCGCGCUGGGCGUCGACGCCCUCGACGUCAGCAGCGGCGGCAACGACCCCCGGCAGAGGCUGCUCCGCGAAAAGACGUACCAGACCGACCUGGCGCGCCAGAUUCGCCGCGCACUCCGCGCUGACGGGCUGGACAUGGUGGUCGGCGCCGUGGGCAACAUUGACGGCGCCGAGUUUGCCCGGGACGUCGUGCAGGAGGGCGGGGAGCAGUCGGCCGACUUGGUCCUCGUGGCGAGGCAUUUCCUGCGGGAGCCUGACUUUGUGCUUAAUGCUGCGGAGAGGCUGGGUGUGCCGGUUAAGUGGCCGAAUCAGUAUCACAGAGCGGCGCCGAAGGAGGUUGCCGAUGCAUUUUGA